GUCUCUCGUAUGCUCUCUCUAGUGAAAAAAUGUAGUAAAAAGUAAUAAUAUUUAUAUACUUUUCACAAAUAUUACACUAAAUGUGGGCGGAAUUGUGAGUGUGUGUGAAUAUAGCGCCACGCAGGAUACUUACAGGAACCAGAAGACUUUAAAUAAAGCACCAAGCUAAAAUGCCGUCUACACACCUGAACCUGCGCGAGGACGACGUGGUGCGGCUGUCGCUGGAGUUCCUACACAACAGGGACCUGCACAUCACCCAGCUCUCACUUGAGCGCGAGACCGGCGUCAUCAACGGCAACUUCGCCGACGACGUACUCUUCCUCCGACAACUCAUACUCGACGGACAGUGGGACGACGUACUCGAAUUCAUCCAACCCCUAAGCGCUCUAAAAGCUUUCGAAGCGGACAAAUUCAAUUACGCUAUCCUCAGACACAAAUACAUAGAACUCCUCUGCAUACGAUCAGAAAUAAAAGCCUACAACAACGUCGAAAACAUUGUCGACGAGGUCGUCAAAGUGCUAAGCGAUUUAGAAAAACUAGCGCCCUCUAAAGAAGAAUACUCAAAUUUAUGUUUACUAUUAACUUUACCUAGCAUUACUGAUCACGCACAAUUUAAGAAAUGGAAUCCUAGCAACGCUCGCGUCCAGUGCUUCCGCGAGGUUUAUCCUCUAGUAGAACAAUUUUUGCCGUGCGACAAGAAGUCUAGCGGCACCGUGUCUAAGUGCGCAAAGAACGAUCGACUCAUGCAACUUCUAAUCAAAGGUAUAUUGUACGAGUCCUGCGUUAAUUAUUGUCAGGCUAAGGCUACAGGGUCUAAGGAGGCGCAGUCGAACGAGGUAAACUUUUCCAGAUUACUGGACGGUUCGGGAUUCGACGAGUCUGAUUUGAGUUUGCUUUCCUGGCUGCAGUCGAUACCGGCGGAAACGUUCAGCGUGCCUUUCGAACAACGAAUGCUGAAUGUUGAUGUGGAGAAAUUGGAGCGUCCGUCGCUGCAUACGUCUUGGACGGAGCAUAUGUUAGUGACGCCGAUUAAGCCUCGAACGUUCCCGCAUUUGGCGAUGCCGUUUAGGAGGCCGCGCUCGGCCGCCGACGCCAUGACGCGCUCGCUGCGCCCGCUGCCCGACGGGGCGCCGCGCCACCCGGCCGUUAUGGCCCUGUCCGCUAUCGACUACGGCCCGUCCUCGUCGUGUUUCGCCGGCUUCCAUCUGACAGGAAUAAAAGGCAGCAAACUGAUGAACACUUCCGUCGAUCGGUUGUUCGACAAUAAUAAUGGUGGUAGCAUUUUCGACAAUUUGGAUGAUACGUUAAAACCGAUCGAGGAGAAAUUGAAGCCGAUCGGAGAGGGAAAAGCGAAUGAGGGGAAUAGCGUGGGUGCUUCAAACGCGACGACGCCCGAGCACAGAGGGCAGGAUUACUCGGCCUCGACGUCUAUAUCUACCACCGCGGCGUCGACUGAACGCUCGUCGUUGGCAGAGCGGACGCCGCAGCAGCCCGAGUCGGCGCUGUUGCCCGCGAUGGAGGGGGACUUUAGACGGGAACUGCUCAAAGAAUACCAGAUUCAGAAGCAACGGGAAUGCGACGAUUAUCUCCGAAAUCUUUGCUCAACAGACGCGAGACAAAAAGGUAUGGAGCAAAGCGAUUCGCCAGGCCAGCCACCCGGAGCGAAGUUCCCGCCGGGUGGGCCCGCCAAGCCCGACCAGCAAUACAUGAGGAAAAAUGACAACGACGAGUCAGAUGUAAGAGAACAGACAAACGCACAAAAUCGAAAUGGCAGCCACGGUCUGCCCAUGUCGGCGGGCAACAUGGUCGGUGCCGAGGUGAACGGUUCCCGGCCCACAUUCAAGCCCGUGACGGUGCUCGAAGAUCUGCAGGCGGUGCGGUGCGCGGAGUUCCACCCCAACGGGAAACUGUACGCCGUCGGCUCCAACACCAAAACUCUCAGGAUAUGCACCUACCCGAAGAUAGAUGAUGUCAAGGACAACAGCGCACCGUCUGCUCCGACAGUGCUGCUCAAGCGCACCAAACAUCACAAGGGCAGCAUCUACUGCCUGGCCUGGAGCCCGGCGGGAGACCUGCUCGCGACCGGCUCCAACGACAAGACCGUCAAGCUGAUGCGGUUCAACAGCCACACCUGCAAUCUGGAAGGCCAGGAGGUGGAGUUAACGAUGCACGACGGCACAGUACGAGACGUGUGUUUCAUAGAGGACACGACCAACAAAACCAGCCUGCUGGUGAGCGGCGGCGCCGGCGACUGCAAGAUCUACGUCACCGACUGCGCUACUGGCAAGACUUUCCAGGCACUAAGCGGUCACUCCGGGCACGUGUUGUCGCUGUACAACUGGGGCGGAGCGAUGUUCGUGUCUGGCAGCCAGGACAAGUCGGUCCGCUUCUGGGACCUGCGGACGGGGGGCUGCGUUAACGUCAUCUCGCCGCCCGUCGGCAGCGCUACCAAGGGUGCAGCCGUGGCGUCGCUGGCGGUGGACCCGUCCGGGCGCCUCCUCGUGUGCGGGCACGACGACGGGUCGUGCGCGCUGCACGACGUGCGCGGCUCGCGCGCGCUGCAGCGGUUCACGCCGCACACGGGAGACGUGCGCAGCGUGCGCUUCUCGCCCGGCGCUUAUUAUCUACUCACGGCCGGGUACGACACCAGAGUCGUGCUCACUGAUCUUCAGGGCGAUUUGACCUGCGCCUUGCCGAGCGUCCCCGUGGCCCGACACCCCGACAAGGUGAUCUCCGCCAGAUGGCACCCGGACGAUUUCUCAUUCCUUUCCACUUCUGCAGACAAAACCGCCGUGCUGUGGACUAUACCGCCGGUCUAACCUCCUCAGGUAUCCGGGUCGUACUAACACUGAAAAAGGCUCUUUCCUCACUUGACGUUGCGGGACCGGCAAACUAAAACGGG